AUGCGCAAACCUCCCCUCGAUCCUUUCGAACAAUACGAACAUGACCGUGAGGUUAAUUUACAGCGUAUGCGCCGCGAAAAGCGUCUAAAUGUUGUUCGAAAAUCUUCAAAAUUCACACCUGUUACCCCACGUACGAAACGUCCUCGUCGAAUACCAUUGGCAGACAAGACUAACGAAACCAACUCGAAUCCAGAUGUAGAAACCAAUGUCAAAAAAGCGAUUAUGAACUUUCAUAGGAGUCUGAAGCGUGCACAGCAACCUGAGAAUUCGGUUUCGUUGCUUGAUUUGGUAAAACAAUCAAGAUCUAAAUUCAAAGUGUCGAAGGAAAGGCUACCGACUUUUCGAAGUUAUGAUGAAAUAUCAAGGGCCUUGACGUCCCAUACACCAACCAACAAAUUGUCUUCGCAAUUGAAGAAGAUGUUCCAAGAUUAUGUUGGUUGGUUCGCCGAUAAUCGCUUUGAAUUCGUGCUAUCGCAACCACCACCCGCCAUAGAUUUAGAAGGCACCACUUCCAAUACUUCAGACCAUCAGAAACCUUUGGAUCUUGAGAACCACUCAAAGAAAUUGCAGAGCCCUAACCCACCCUCCUUAUUGCAACUGCUUCGAAAGAAGAGGUACGAACCUAAACAUCUCCUGAAACAGCCUAAAAGUUUACCAACUGCAACUCAUAGGCUCGAGAGUUUCAACAACAUCGGCCAAUUUUUAAUAUCUGCGACUGUUUGUCAUUUAGAAUCCUCGCAUACAAAUACGGUUCUUUUAGCUGCACCUUCGCUGACUAUCGACUUACAAGUUGGUGUGUUAGUCGCUUUGCCAAGGUACCCCGACAGCUCAGUAAUGCUUUCUGAGUCCAUUGUUGACUUUUAUACCACUUGGCAUGUGUAUAGUAAAUAA